AGAUGCGAGCAGCAGAACGAAUAAUCCAGUUCCAAUGAAAUUUGAAGCACAUAUGAAUCAGUAGAUUCAUUCAAAGCGUGCCUCAUUAUCUCAUUGCAAGUCAGCUAAGGAUCUCGGGAAAUGCUCACAUCGGUGUGGCUUCUCCUGAGAACUAUGCUCCCACUCAACAUGUGCAACAAAGUGAUGUGGCAGUGGUGGACCCUGCUUGGACUCCUGUUUAUGUGUUCAUUAGGUGUGCAGUGUGUAGAACUCACUUUUGAAUUACCUGAUAAUGCCAAGGAGUGUUUGUAUGAGCAUGUGGAGAAAGGAACUAAGGCAAUUCUGGAAUAUCAGGUUCUCGUGGUGACUGGUGGACAUUAUGAUGUGGAUGCCAAGGUGGUGGCACCGAACAAGCAGAUCCUGUAUAACGAGGUGAAGAAGCAGUUUGACAGUUUUGAAUGGGUGGCUGAUAUGACUGGGGAUUAUGCAGCUUGCUUCAGCAAUGAGUUCUCUACCUUCUCACACAAGCUCCUCUACAUAGACUUUCAGGUCGGAGAAGAAAAACCCCUGGAGGGUCUUCCGGAACAUCACACUGCCAUGACCCAGAUGGAGAGUUCCUCUCAAGUGAUCCAUGAGAACCUGAACUCUGUGAUCGAUUAUCAGACGCAUCAUCGUCUCCGCGAGGCCCAGGGCCGGAAGCGGGCCGAGGACCUCAACGAACGCGUCCUCUGGUGGUCCAUCGGAGUGACGUUCGCCAUCCUGGUCAUCGUCAUUGGCCAGGUCUUCGUCCUCCGCAGUUUCUUCUCAGAGAAAAAGCCCUCCGAAAUGAUGAACCAUGGGUUUUCUUAACAAUGAGCCUUAAUGGAAACAAAACAAAAAAAUCUCUUUGCAUUUUGAUUUUGCCCCAAAUCUCUUGUUUGCGGUGAUAUUGUGUCUCCGGUCUAAAUCCAACCGUCUUCCCUUUUCUUCUUUCCAUCAACACCAUUCUGUGGAUAUUGUCUCAUUUCUGCACCUGCUUCUGUUUAAAGCAUUUUGGAGUAUCCCUCAGUCAGCAAAAAAGUGUUGGUUGUUAUAGUUCUAUUUAUUACAAAAAUAAGUUUACCUAUAUUGUGGUGGGGG